GGUAGAAACCAAUAUGGCGACAAACAGUUCCCCCCGCGUUCCUGAGUAUAUACCCCUCUCGCCAAAAGUAAGUGUUUAGUCUCCGUCCCCUUAUUCCUUAGUCUGUGGUUACCACUUUUAGAUUUCUCUCCAUGUCAAUCAGUAUAAAUGUGAUUAAUAAAUACAACUGACAAACUAUUAGUGACGUCGUAGAGUAGUCAGUAUAUUUUGUACUGCAGAGAAUAUUUACAAAUAUUUACAAUAUUUUCUCGUAAAAAAUGUCAGUAAGAGGUUAAAUUAAUCAGAGAAAAUCCUAUAAUAAUAUACAUUUGACUAUUUAGUAACAUUAUGGGUGAUAUCAUUUUGACGAGUGAACAAAAGAAAUUCUUAGCAGAAUGCGAAGAAGAGUUUAAAGACCGAUAUACAGAAAAGGAUACCAAUUUUAUGGAAAUCAAGAGACAAGUUCCUAAAAAACCACCAAUUGUGGAUCCUUGGUAUAAUAAACCACGUAGACCUUACGACUGGACACGUCAGAAUCAAAAUCAAAAUAAACGUAAUCACCAUUGGGAUCGUCGAAGUAAUGAAAGAAAUGAAAGAUGGGAACGUCAUGCUGGUAAACAUCAUAUGCAUCAUCGACAAAGAAUGUAUUAGUACACAUACACAUAAACACAAAUAUAAAUGGAAUAUAUAAAAAUAAAUUCUAAACUAAUUCUAAUUA